AUGUCUUUCAAUUUGCCAAAUGCACUGGCAGCAGGGGCAGCAGGGAACAGUUCUGCCCCAGUGAACCUGACGCAGCUACCAAAUAACAUCCUCGAUGCACUCUUGCCAGGUUACUCGGUCAUCUCCGGGUUCAUUUUCCAAAUCACUGGGUUUGAUGUCUCCGUUGUUGUGUCCCUGAGUGUGCUGAUAUUCACCCUCACCACGGCCUGGGUAUAUUGCUAUAAAUUUGCCUACUCCUUGCUCAUGACUUAUAUGACCGCUUCCAUUACCGUCCCUUCUCACGACGAUAUCUAUGAUCAAGUCAUAGCCUGGGUAUCAGAGCUGGCCAUCGCCACUAGCAGCCGCUCAAUGCGCGCCAAAAGCAAACGCCACAUGAGUUGGGACUCAGAGGAAGAUAUUCGUGCAGAUGUAUCAGGGAAAAGCUCUCAAGACACACUUUUGAACUUCAGCAAUUGGGAAGCAAAGAUCCCUCCGCGAUUCGAGCCACAUUAUGAGUUUUCCUGGUUCCGCCAUAAGGGCAAUUUCUUCAAGCUGUCCCGAGAAAAAGAGCAGGUUCUAAGCGGACGAAUGGGCUUCAACAUGGUUAGUAGUGAUGAGUCUCUGACUAUCACCGUACUUGGAAGAUCCCUGCAGCCUAUCAAAGAUUUAAUCCGGGAGGCGAGGGACGCAUCCUUUGCUCGCGAGAGAAGCAAGACGACCAUCCGCCGACCAGGUCCCAAAGAGUUUCGUUCACGUGGAAUAUACGCCUGGAGCAGAGCUGCUACUCGUCCUUCUCGGCCAAUCGAAACCGUCGUCCUUGAUAAUUCUCAAAAAACGAAGCUGUUGCUGGACAUAAAUGAAUAUCUUCAUCCUGCUACCCCAAGAUGGUAUGCAAAUCGUGGAAUACCUUAUCGUCGCGGCUAUUUGUUUCACGGACCACCGGGAACGGGAAAGACUUCCCUGAGCUUCGCUAUAGCUGGUGUAUUCGGGCUGGACAUAUACUGCAUCUCACUUCUCGAGCCAAGCUUGACAGAGGAAGACUUAAGCUUACUCUUCAACUCCUUGCCUAGACGCUGCGUGGUCCUCUUGGAGGAUAUUGAUACUGCCGGCCUGUCACGUACUGCGGCCACCGGGGAAUCUUCCCCAGAAACGACUGAAGCAGCUAAUGAUGCCGCUGGAAACGUCAUCUCCAAUCUGAACACGGCAAUUCAGCAGCCUUCCAAUCGUGCCAAAAAGACGAAAAAGAGCAAUAGCGAUGAAGAGUCUAAGGGUAUUUCUCUAUCUGGUCUCCUAAAUGCGAUUGAUGGAGUGGCAUCUCACGAAGGACGCGUCCUUGUCAUGACAACAAACCACCCAGAUAAACUUGACGAUGCGCUCAUCCGACCUGGCAGGGUGGAUAUGAUGGUUGAGUUCACCCUGGCCAAUAGAGAGCAAAUCAAAGAAAUUUUUAUUAGAAUGUAUUCCCCCGACCAACCCGGUGGUAUCAAGGCAAAGUCUGCCUCAGCAUCUCAGAUAGAGAGGUCGCUUUCUAUCCUCAACACCAAGUUAUUCAACUCCGUCAAAGUCGAGAAGCCUGUCAUCGCCCAUGAUCAGCCCUUAUCUGAGGAGAAGAAGAGCGCGGAACCGUGUACAAAUGCGAACGGAGUCGUCAGUGCCACCCAACAGGUUACCAUCGACUAUAUCAACGAACUGGCCGUCUCAUUCUCAGCUCUGCUUCCAGAGUAUGUUUUUUCUCCUGCCGAAAUCCAAGGUUUCCUUCUCACGCGCAAACGAGAGCCUCAUCUUGCGGUUGAAGAAGUCGGUGCCUGGUGUGAAAACCUCAUGGCCACAAGAAGCCGCCGCCAUCCACCACCAGCACUUUCAACCUCCAGCACCGCUGUUAGUAAGCAGUCUGAUAAGAGUGCCGCUGAAUCCGAUAAUGAGGUGAAUGCUGCAUCUGCUGAUGAGCACAUCGGGAGUGAUCCAGAGAGUGAUGGUAUUGCCUCCACCUAG